CAUUCCGUGAAAGCUGCACCGUUCAGCCUCGUGCUCAUAUUGCUGAAAACAAGACUCAAGUUUAUAUAGGGCAGGAUCUGGAGCAGCUCUCUACAACCAGUGCCAUGUCCCAUCAAUUGUACCCUAAUUCCUGUGACUGUUUUGUGUCACUUCCACCGGCUUCAAGCUCUCCUGUGGUUAUAUUUGCAAAGAAUUCAGAUCGGCCACGUAUGGAGGUGCAGGAGGUCGUGUACUAUCCUGCGGCUGAAUAUCCUCCAGGAUCAAAGGUCAUGUGCACCUACAUAGAAGUGGAGCAGGCCCCAAAGACUUUAGCUGUGAUCUUGAGUCGUCCAGCCUGGUUGUGGGGGGCUGAGAUGGGCGCUAACGAGAUGGGGGUCUGCAUUGGAAAUGAAGCUGUGUGGACCAAGGAACCAGUUGUAGAACAAGAGGCUCUGCUGGGCAUGGAUUUGGUAAGAUUAGCACUGGAGCGUGCCACUUCUGCCAAAGCCGCUGUGCAUGUUAUUACUGAACUCCUGGCAUGUUAUGGUCAAGGAGGCAGCUGUAGAGAGGAGCCUGAGCCCUUCAUGUACCAAAACACAUUCCUUCUGUGUGACCGCCAAGAAGCAUAUGUACUUGAGACAGCUGGGCAGUACUGGGCAACCGAGAAGAUCACUGAGGGGGCACGAAACAUCUCUAACCAGCUAAGUGUGGGAAUAGAUAUAUGGCAGAAACACCAGCAACUCUGCUCACAUGCCCUGGCAGAGGGCUGGUGGAAUGGAACAGAAGAGUUCAACUUCAAGAAAGUCUAUACUCUAGAAAAACAACCAGUACGUAUGGAGGCGGCAAAGGCGCGAUGCAAGGCUGGGCAAAAUCUGCUGCAGAGGCAAGCAGGGCACAUCACAUUUGAGUCAAUGCUGGGCAUUCUACGUGACAAGGACAGUGGAAUCUGUAUGGACUCUGGUGGAUUCCGCACUACAGCCAGCAUGAUAUCUAUUCUACCCCAGUCUCAAUUACCAUGCAUCCAUCUGAUCACUGCCACUCCGGAUCCAUCCAAGUCAGUGUUCAAGCCAUUUGUGUUUAGUACACACGUUACACAAGUACCUUGGGUGUUGUCCCCUGUAUUUGGUGAAAAAGACCCCGUCAGGCAGAUUCCUCGGUUUAAAACACAAGUGGACAGGAGACAUGAACUGUACAGGCACCAUCAGAAGGCACUGGAGGCCUGUGAAGGCAAUGAGGAGGCUCUACAAGCACUACAGACGAUGCAAAGGGAAAUGGAGACUGAGACUUUAUUAGCCGUCAACAAGCUGCUUGAUGGAACCAAGAACCCUGACUUUACACACUCAACUGACCUAUUUCGUCUCAGUGUGGAAAAAGAGCUUGCAUUAUACAAAGAGUUAAAGGAAUAACGGUUCAUUAACAAUGCUCUUCACAUUAUUGCAUUAAACAAAAAAAAAUUCAACC